AUGACGGGCUUUCAGCUGCGCAUCGCCGUCGCCAACCGCUCCCUCCACAUUCUCCAUGAUAAUCGCCAUCUGAUACAAGCCCGUCACCGAAGACCGCGCAUCGCCAGAUCAAGCCGUGCCGCCCCUGCCCGCCUGGGGUUCCGCAGGACUGGUGCCGCUGGGGCCGCCACCCUCCCACACGGUGCUAAUUACCACCACUACCACCACCGUCGCCGUUCGUCGUCCUCCAAGCUGCAUCUCCUGCAACAAAGCCUCAACAUGGCUACGAAUCAAGUCGUUCGGCGUCGUUCCUCGGCUGCUGAUCGCACUCCCUACGACAAUCCUCUCUCACCCAAUGUCAACUUUGCCAUGGCCAUGGCCAUGUCUACAACCUUUUCCCCUGCCCCUGAUUCUGCGCUGGCGCAGGUCAAGGACGACGAAAGUUCUCGACAACAACAAACAUCCGCGACAAUGGAAAGGGAAAACAGCACAGACAUUAGUUUCAUGCCGCCGCCACCACGGCCAUUUCGCGAAUUGCCCCCUACCAGACGGUCUACACAUACUCGCGCGCACUCCAUGGCCUCGUCCGCGCCCCGGCAAGCCAACAGGCUCUCGCUAACACUGCCCAUUGCACCUGCGUCUAGGGGCGACCUUGUCCGCCCGACCUCAUCCGCGGCGCCCCCGGUGACACUAUCGUCAAAACCACCAACGCCGGCGCAAACACCCGAACUGCCCGCUCUCGAAGACGCCAACGAUUUUAUAAUAGCAAUCGCCGCCCAGGAGAGAAAGGUGCUGGAGCUGCGCGAGGAACUCGUCCGUGCCGAGGCCCAUCUCGCUUCUAUCAAGACCCAAUGGAGCUCCAAAGAGUCCAUGCAGAAGCGGGCUGCCGAGAUACAGUCACAGGCUCUCGCUUCCCCGCAGCGCUGCCCAACUCCGGAUGCCAUGAUGUCGCCAACGAGAAAGAGCGUCGAAAUGGACCGCAAGAAGCUCUGGCUGCAGUCGCAACAUAAUUCACCAUCUACCCCUACGCAAGGCCGCCGGAAGAUUAUGCGGGGGGGACAUGCACGCACUUUGUCGCUGCUAUCGCCAGCUAGGACUGAGGCACCGUUCAACCUCAACAAGAACAGGCCCAGCAUCGAUGGCGCUGCGGCUCAGCCUCUGCACGAAAGGGCGGUGCCACCACUAGCACAAGCUCCCGCGCUGUCCAAGCGCGCGACAUGGCAACCACUCAGUCAAGCACAACAAUCGGGUGUGCUUCCGCUUGUCGAGGACUUUAAGCUCGGCUUGCGCGCCUUUGUCGAGGACAUUCGACAAAUUGCAGUGGGCGACGAGCCCAUCAGCGGACCAGCGCCAGCCACCCAUGGUCAAUCUGAUUCGCUGCACACGAGAACGCUCGGCAGUUCGGCACGCGAUCGCGACGUCACGCCCAAGGGACAGGACCGUAAAUCAUCCGGUCCCACAAAGUCCAGACUCAGUUCAUCAGCAGAGGCCGUCAAGCAAGAGUCCGUCCUUGGCGGCAAAGCCGUCAAUGCCGUUUCCAUGGCUGAAAAGACGAAGUCAAGCGGCCAGGGCAAGCAGUUUUCGUGGACGCCGUUGGGGUUUGAGACACUCGAGGACAAUGACUGGGCCAAUUGGGACUCGCCUUCUUCUGUCAAGUCGAGCCGCUGGAGUGGUUCCACCAUGCACACUGCCGGCUUGGACGAAUUCGAGGCGAUUCCGGAAAAGGCAGAGGAGUCUGGCGCCUCGACUCCGUCCAAGACGAAGCGCGCAUCACAUGGUAAUAACGUGCUGCGCAGCACAAAGCUCGAUGAACUGCUCCCCAGCAUGGUGAACCGCUUGUCGCCGAGCAACAUGAAGCGCACAGCCAAUAACCUCUUGGACGAGUGGGAAAAGUCUUUGAUGGCCCCCGAGGUCCGGGACAAGGAGAACAGUGUAUAA